AUGUCGCAGAAAAGUCAAACGGUUGAUACAACGGUUAAAAUAGAGGAAGUCGGUCGACUUGUUGAUUCAAAUCAAGCCGAUGAUCGAAAAAUGAUUCGACUCGUAAAAGAGAGAAGAUUGCUGUAUGCUCGAAACAACAUGCCCGUAGCUAGUUAUUACAUGCAAGUAAAAAGACUUUGGGAGGAAGUAGCAAGAGAAAUGGGAUGGAGUGUUGCUCAUGUCCGUCGCAAGUGGUCUCAUAUUCGGAAUUCAUAUUCACGACAUUUAAGAAAUGAAAUGCACGGGGCACGUACUGGAAAAGGGAGAAUGGUAUCGCGGUGGUAUCUUGCGGAUGAAUUAGAAUUUCUUCGAGAACAUAUGGCAACUGAUACAAGGCCGUCCCCUUACCCAGCGUACGCACCAACAUUUUUGGAAAUGGAUUUAACUGAAACGGCAAGCACGGAACAAGUUGACGUCAAACCUUUUAUUCAAAGUCCAUGGUUUUCGCUAAAUUCAACGCCUAAGACAUCAAAAUUAUUAGAACCGAAGGCUGAACCUUCUUUUCUCAACGAUGAUAGUUCCAAUUCUCAAGCUUUUGGUGCUGAUGAGAAUACUUCAUAUUUCCAAUUUUUUCGUGGAAUACACAAUGAUUAUCUAGAGUUAUCCACCAAAAAUCAAAGAUUAUUUAAACGACAAUGUUUAAAUUUCUUACAUGGUUUACUAGAUGAAGAAGAAAGUCAACAUAUGUCCUUUUACAAUCAAAGCGAUCCAAUUAAUUUAUCAAAUUCGCUUCAAGGUAGUGAAGAUGGAAAAGAAACAAAAAUGCUUGAAGUGGACUGUAUAUUACCCACAGAUUAA